CGACAGAAGGUUUUAAUAACUGUCGUUCCGGUGGAGCUCCGCAUCCUGCGUUUGAGUUUCAAGUCUUUAUUACUGAGCUUGGAGGGAAGGUUUGUUUCGCUUGACUAUUUAUAAAACCAGUAGGCUGAAAUUCAGAAAAAAUUACACAAACAAUGUCAGAGAAGAUGGAGACAGGAUCAAGUGUGUCCAAUGGAUCUGGGACAGAAUAUGAGAAAGAAGAAAGCAACCUCAGCCCUGAGGAUCUGUCUGAGAUGCUUGCUGCUGGAACUAAGGAGGUUCACGAAAAAGCAGAGAACACGCAGUUCGUGAAAGAUUUCCUCAGGGGACGAAUCCGCAAAGAGCUUUUCAAGCUUGGCGCUGUUGCACUUUACCACACAUAUACGGCCAUGGAGGAGGAGAUCGAGAGGAAUAAGGACCACCCCCAAUUUGCCCCCCUGUAUUUCCCUGCAGAGUUGCACCGCCAUGAAUCUCUGGCCCGCGACCUGGAGUAUUUCUACGGUCCCGAUUGGAAGAGCAAGAUCAGCUGCUCUCAGGCCACCCAGCAUUAUGUGGAUCGCAUCCACCAGGUGGGGCAGGAAGACCCGGUGCUGCUGGUGGCCCAUGCCUACACUCGCUAUAUGGGUGACCUAUCAGGGGGGCAGGUGCUGAGAAAGGUGGCACAGAGAGCUUUGAAGUUGCCACCCACAGGGGAAGGCCUGGAGUUCUACCAGUUUGAUGCGAUCCACAGCGCCAAGGCGUUCAAACAGCUGUACCGAAGCCGCAUGAAUGAGCUGGAGCUGGACAUGGCGACAAAGAAGAAACUGGUGGAGGAAGCUGUUAAAGCUUUUCAUUUCAACAUGGAGGUGUUUGAGGAGUUAGAAGAAAUCGGCAAAACAAUUCAGGAGGAUGUUCAAGAUACUGGCAUGUCUGUUCAUGGAGAGAUGGGAGGAGACAUCAGCAAAUGUCCCUACUAUGCUGCCAAGAUGGCAGCGUCAGGGAGAACAGCGUAUUUUGGUCAGCUGGUCAUGGCCGCUCUCAGACACCCGACUGGACAGGUCCUGUUCGCCACUUGGUUCGCCGCUCUAGCUGGACUGGCUGCGUGGUAUCUGAUGUGAUCCGGCUGUCACGCGGCUGGUGAUAGAACAGAGGAGCGGUGAAACGAAGGACAGUAAGGAGACUGGAAGACUUCCAUUUUAUAAAAACGUUCAAAUCACGUCUGUGCGUUAUGUUUUAGCUUUUUAGUUGUAGACUUUCAGCAGUGUGAUCUGCAGGAUGAUUAGGACAACGACUCCCUCCACAAAGCACACAUUUUACUUUCCUUUUUAUUCAUAAAAAUAUAGAUAUUUUUCUUGUUUCUCUACCUCCCACACACUACCUUCCAUUUGGUGCUUUUCAGUUCUGGUGCAUCUGAAAUUAUGUUAUAGCUGCUUUCUGAUGGUAGUAGACCAGAUAUUAUAAAUUAUACUGUCAGUAUGAUAACAAAAUACAAUAUUGUAGCAAGAAAAAUAGUCAAUCCAGAUGAUACUUAGAAUUAGAUGUAUGCUUUAAAUCCUUCAGAACAAUAUGGAAUAAAAAAGUACUUUUGUACAACAAAUAUAGCCAAUUUACAGUGGUACUUAAAAAUAUUCAUAUGUUUUAAACUUUUUCAGUUUAUUUUAAAGUUGCAACCAAAAAACGUUUUUGUGAUAGACCAACACAAAAUGCCAAAUAACUGGGGAUUGGAUGAAAUAGGAUCCAUUGUUUUUUAAUUAAUGUGGCAUGCAUUUGUGUCCAGCUCAUUAAUAAACAAAGAGGUACCAUGACUAUAACCCCCCCCACCAAAAAAAUAACAAAUAAAAAAAUUAAUACAUUCUGCAUCAAAAGCUACAUUAUGUUGAUCUAUCACAUAAAAAUCUUAACAAAAUACCUGGAAGUGUACAGUUAUAGCAUGGGAAAUUGUAGUAAAUUGUAUGGUUGUCUUUUAUAAACUCUAAAAGCAGAAAUUGCACUUAUUAUCUGGAUAUAUAGUGCUCAGGUUUAUUGUGGUGACAUAAAGCCAUUCAGAAUCCCUAGCUAAAGAUCUCGUCAUAAACACAAGGUCAGUAAGGUCAGAUGUUUCUACUUUUCUUUCUCCAGUUUUUCCCCAAAGUAUACAUUCCUGCUCCAGGUUGUUUUUCCUCAUCUCCAAUCAUCUUAUAAAGCAAACUCCUAACUGGACUGUUUCUUCCAUUUCCAGAUUAAAAAUCUCACAUCCCCUUCAAUGUUUCUACUAAUACACUGUUGCUGUAUGUAUUUAUGUGUGCGGCGUGGGUGAGAAUAAACGGUUGAGGGCAUAUGUCUGUUAUUUUAUGUCAUAAUUACUUCGGCACUCUCCUCCUUUCCCAAAAAAGCUGUAAUUGAUCACAUGAUGGUGCAUUAGCUAACGAGUUCAGAGUGAGCUCAGACAGAAAAUGGUAAAUCGUAUCUACCAUGUACAGUAGGUGAGGCCUUGAUGAGCCGGGGUUUAAAUGGAUAUGCAUCCAUAUAUUUUAUGUUCUGUUUUUCCCUACAUAUAAUGUGAAAAUUGCCGCAUUUUAUUGUAUUGUCGUCACACUCAAAUGUUUCCAAGUUGGUUGCAUGUCUGCAAUGGGACGGAUGACCACAACCAAAAAAAACUUUAAAAAGUGCAGGAUUAUUUGACAACAUUCAGAUUCUCAUAAUGAUGAAAUACAAACAAUUACUCUAUUUUAGUGAAUGAUAACUUCAAUUAUUUUUUUGUUUCAGAAUCAUGUGAUGGAUUAGCCAAUACAAAGCAGUCUCUAAUGUGCAUGCUCUAAUUUUCUAAAUAAAAUGUGUUAUUGCUCACCUGCAGCAGGAGCUCUCAUUUGGACGCAGCAGAUUUACCUUGAGAUAAACGAGUGGAUGCUUUGAAUAUGCUAAUAUAUUGAUCCUGUAUCAGCUCAGUUCUUGUUUCUUUAUCCAGUUUUGUGGAUAUACUUCUAACACAUCAGCUAUGUUGUACACAAUGUGCUGGAAGAAGAUUCCUGUAAAGUAGAAAUACUUUGUGCUGUAAUUACACUGACUUUAGUAUCCACCCAGAUAGGAACCGUUUGAAGUGGUUUUUGUAUUGAUUAUCCAAAGAAAUGCACUGUUUCUCAAACGUCUGCCUGGUUCAUGUGCACAGUGCAUUUACUCUCACUGAGAAAGACUUGCAAUAUUUCCAUGCUGGUGCAGUUGCAUGGUCACAUACAUGAUGAAGGGAGUGAUUGAGUUUUGUCUUUGACAGUCUCAGGUUCAGCACAAUGAAAUGCAUCUGGUGGGCUAAAACGGGAACUGUUUGAAAUGCUCUUGUAAGCCCAUGUUUUAUUGCUUUCACAUGUGUGUCAGUAUUAAUAGGACCUACUGAAAGGACACAAUCUGCAGCCAUAACUGAAAAUGUUUGACUAAUACAUGCUAAUUUUGAAUUCUUUUACUCGGCUCCUAAUUCCUUUGUAUCCGAUUGGAGCUGUGUGACUAGUUAGAGCUCUUUUAUUGUACAAGUGAAAACUAAGAGUUAUAUUGUGUUGUCAAUAACAAAAUAAAUGGUUUUACUCUGCA